AGCGGCCCCGGGCAAACGACCUGGCGCUUUCAGACUCAGUCAGCCUGAAGCGCGUCGUGGACAUGUUUUACGAACGGGUGAGCGCCGGGCCGGCCGGCCGCCCGCCCACGGGGCCCGCGGCGGCGGCGGGCGGUGCCGCGGCCGCGGAAACCGCGUGGCCCGAUUUUCUCGCGCUCGACGUGCGCCCACCGGCCUGCCUGCGGGGGCGGCGGAGCGGCGCGGCGCACGCGAGCAGGGAGCGGUCGCUCGUCUCAUUCAAGCGCAUCGUGUUUGCCAC